GCUAGUAAUUUUCCCACUUAGUUGUGCCAACAUUGUAGUUGCCUAAUCUCCCCAAUGAGGCAAUUUAAAGUUGAGCUUUUUACACAAGAGUGCACUUGCGUCUAGCGGAUACGAGAGAGAAGUGUCUGAAUCCAGCAGAUCCUCCUAAUCGCAUCACACCACUGAAACAAAAAUGGCCGACGAAUGGCAGGAGGCAUAUGAGUUUGCCGUUGAAGUGGCAAGAAAAGCCGGGAUGGUAAUUAAACAAGAAAUUGACAAAGAAAUGAAAGUCCUGACAAAGAGCUCCACUGUGGACCUUGUGACCAAGACCGACGAGAGAGUGGAGAAAAUCAUAAUCGGUUCUCUUAAAACUAAAUUUGGAGAAAAAGCUCACAAGUUCAUUGGGGAGGAGUCGACAGAGAAGGGCUGUGAGUUGACUGACGCGCCGACGUGGAUCAUAGACCCGGUAGACGGCACCACCAACUUCGUCCAUGGAUUCCCUUUCGUAGCUGUGUCUAUUGCCUUCGCUGUCAAGAAGGAGCUGGAGUUCGGUGUGGUGUACAGCUGCCUGGAGGAUAAGAUGUACAGAGCACGCAACGGAAAAGGAGCUUUCUGCAAUGAUGAACCGAUAUCUGUGUCCGAUGUCAAAGACAUCACAAAGUCCAUCAUCAUCUCUGAGCAUGGGACUGACAGGACUCCGGCGAAAGUGGAAAAGAUCUUCUCCACCAUGCAGAAGAUCCUCUGCAUCCCAGUGCAUGGGCUCCGCGGGUCAGGGACAGCUGCCACCAACAUGUGUCUGGUUGCAACCGGGGCAGUGGAGGCCUUCUUCGAGAUCGGGAUCCACUGCUGGGACGUCGCUGCUGGAGCCGUUAUCGUGAGAGAAGCCGGAGGAAUAGUUCUGGAUGUUUCUGGGGGACCGUUCGAUUUGAUGUCUCGGAGGAUGCUUUCAGCAAACCACGAAGAUAUUGCCAAGCGGAUCAUCAAGGAAAUCGAAGUAUUCGAAGUGCCAAGGGAUGACGGAGUCAAACAUCUGCAGCAGCCAAGCAGCUUUUAAACAUCUGUGUGAGGAGGACACUCCCUCUCAAAUGAAGCUUCUUUCCACUGAACAUGCAGGAAACGCUGAGUCCUUCACUGUAUUUUGUCUGAAUAAAGUUAUGCAGCUUUCUCCA